CUUCACGUCCGCACUUCCUCUCAUCUCAAACCAGCUCGCCGCACGCAACCAUCCCAAACCCCCCCGCCGCGGCCCGCGGAGGCGGAAACCCUAGCGACCUGUACGAACCUCGACCGUCGUCGUCGCCGGCGGCGGCCAUGGAGGCACCCUUCGAAUUCAAGAUGAGAACCAUUCUCUGCCUGAACCGCAACCUUCCGUACGGCACCACGGGGCCGGACAUGGACUUCUUCGAGGCCGCGUUCGAGGGCGACAUCCCCCGCCUCAGGGAGAUGGCGAGCGGCAAGGACGCGGAAGAGAGAGCGCUGCUAGCGGACGUGUGCUUUGACGGCCUGGGCCCGCUCCAGGUGGUGGCGCGCAUGGGGAGGCUGGAUGUCGUCAGGUACCUGGUGGAGGACCUCGGCUUCGACGUCAACCACGGCAGCGCCCAGUUUGGUUUGACAGCUUUGUCUUCUGCUGCAUUGGAUGGGAGACUCGACACUGUGAGAUACCUUCUGGACAACGGGGCUAAUCCAAAUCUGCAAGACGAACUUGGCCAAGUUCCUCUUCACUGUGCUGCAAAAUAUGGGCAUGCCGAAGUAACAGAGCUGUUACUAUCUAGAGGAGCCAGUGUUGAUCUAACUUAUUUUCAUGCGACGCCACUACAUAUUGCUGCUGUCUAUGGGAAGGCCAGUGUCAUGAAAAUUUUAUUGGAGCACCAUGCAGAUCCGAACAUGGUUUCAGAAGUUUUAGGUACACCAUUGGUUGCAACACUUCAUGCUACUACAGAAGGACUUGAGGAAUGUAUUUCUUUGAAGUGUGUAAAGGUACUUGUUGAGGCAGGUGCUGAUGUGAAUUCUACUGAUCCUGACACUCCCUUAGUGGUCGCAACUACUCAUGGCUUGACUGACUGCAUUAAGUAUUUGUUGAAGGCUGGUGCAAAUGCUAACAUUCCAAAUAGUUGUUGUGGUGCUAUGCCAAUAGAAACUGCUGCAAGCUGUGGAAGAAGAAAGCAUGUGGAGAUGCUAUUUCCUUUCACUUCUCCCAUUCAAACUGUGUCAAAAUGGAGUGUUGAUGGAAUUAUUUCUCAUGUCAAAUCAAAACGCUCGAAAUAUUCAAAACAUUCGAAACAUUCAAAGCCCAAGCAUGAGGAAAGCACGGAAGUUAAGGUGAAAUUAGAUGGUGACAAGGUUGUUGGGAGAAAGAACCAUCUUGCCACAUCAAAGCUAUAUGGGGAGGCUGAGCAAUAUGAUAAAAGCAUGAAAGAUGAGCUGAAAUUAAAUGGUGAUAAGGCUGUUGGGAGAAAGGAUUACCUUACCGCAUCAAAGUUCUAUGGCAAGGCAAUUGAACUAGACCCAGCUGAUGCAACACUGUAUUCAAACAGGAGCUUGUGCCUUCUUCAAAUUGGCGAAGCAACAGGGGCUCUGUCUGAUGCCAGUACUUGCAUCAAAAUGCGACCUGAAUGGAUAAAAGGUUACUACAGGAAAGGAACUGCCCUCAUGUCACUCAAGGAGUACAAAGAAGCAUGUAAUGCAUUCAUGGCUGGGUUCAAGCUAGACCCUUCAAAUGCUGUGAUGGAGAGAAUGUUCUGGGAGGCAGCUGAGGCCAUGAAAAAGGACCAUGUUGGUACAAAGGACUUGGAGUCCAUCGAUUAGAUGAACCAGCACUGACAUGUCCAGGCACUGGGGUUUCUUUUGUGCUGCCUGUUUUGUAUGGGAUUUCUUUUGUGCUGCCCAUUUUGUAAAUAUGUAGACAGCCAUGGUGAUUUCCUGCCACGGAAAAUUGUCCAAUAUACUAUGAUCGUUUCUCGGCUGGCUAAUGUGCAGCUGUGGACUGUGGUACACUGGCCCAAUGAGCCUAAUGGUUAAUUUCUCGGCUGGUUAAAUGGGCUA